AUGGCGAACGCGAAUGUUUCAGAGAGAGGAAGCUCACCAACAGCAGAUGAUUUGAACGAUCUGUUUGAUUAUGACAUUGGCUUGGAUGAGAUUAUUCCGGAUAAUAAUGCUCCCAAUACCAACAGCACCAAGGCCUCUGGGAUAGGAGAUUCUGCACUUGGUUUGGGUCUUGAUGAAGAAGUCAAAGUCGCAAAGAAACGACAACCUGUGGCUAAAUUAGAUGAGGGCCGUUUACUCUCACAACCGGGCAUACCCAAACUACGACAUACUGCUAGACAGAAGCUGAAAUUCAAGGGCAAAGGAUACGAGUUCAAAGACGCCGCACGCCUGCUCAACUUUUACCAGUUAUGGCUCGAUGACCUAUUUCCACGCGCAAAAUUCGCAGACGGACUGACAAUGAUUGAGAAACUGGGACACUCUAAACGCAUUCAAACCAUGCGACGAGAAUGGAUAGACGAGGAGAAGCCGAGACUGUUCGAUAGCUCUGGACCCACGCGAGAAGAGCUCGAAAAUCGCCACGUCCCCACGGACCCUGCAGAUUCCAAUCACAACCCAACCGCGAUUAUUAUGGGCCAGGAAGAGAUUGCCGACCAAGACCUAUUUAUUCUAGAUCCAAACGAGAGCGCGGCGCCUACUGUCAGCUACCCCGAGCCCGAGGACGAUGACUUGGAGGAUCUUCUCAGAGAACAAGAUGAGCCAAUGUCAGAUUUUCCACCCGACAGGCGUAUCUCAUCUUCACGAGCACCAGAUGACGAUAACGACUAUGAUGCCGAAUAUGAAGCGAUGAAGGAGCUUGGGAUGUAG